UCCGGAAGCGGAAGACUAGUUUUUCUUCGUAAAUGAAGUUCGGCAAAGUUUGUCAGAUUCCAUUUCAACGGAGCUGCUUUUCAACGCUUCAAACUCCUUUCCAACCCGCAUCACAAUGGUGACUUGCCCAUCGCUGUAGCAACCCAGCCUGUGGAGAAGAGGAGGAGUGGAUCCAGGAGAGGACCAUGGAGCAGUGUGAGACUUCUGCGAGCCCCAGCAGAGAUCACCCAUGGAAGGCAGCGACCAUGAAGAGGAUGGCCUGGGCCCAGAGCAGAGACUCCUGGCAGGGCCCCUCUGAGAGCCAGGACACCCAGGAUCAGGAGGGUUGCAGCGAGGAGACGGUGUCCCCAGAGCCCACCAUGGAGGAGAAGACGGCCCCGGCCGAGGAGCCAGGGCGCUUCCCUAACAAGAUUGCGAGCUGGCUCAAGGACUGCAGGACUCCUCUUGGGGCGUCUCUGGAUGAGCAGAGCAGCACUCAGUCCAAGGGAGUGAUGAAGAAUGGAUGCAGCUUUGAAGAUGACUUGUCUCUGGGAGCUGAGGCCAACCACCUUCAGCCCAACAGUGCCAAAGCAGAGACACCCUGCUAUGGAAUGCCUGCGAAGGACAAGAGGAGCCAGUUCCGGCAGAAAGGCAGGAGUAUGAACUCAACAGGAUCAGGGAAGAGCAGCACCACUGUGUCCAGUGUGUCUGAGUUGUUGGACCUGUAUGAAGAGGAUCCAGAAGAGAUCCUGUAUAAUCUGGGGUUCGGCCAGGAGGAGCCGGACAUCGCCUCUAAGAUCCCCCCGCGCUUCUUCAACAGCUCCUCCGGCGCUAAGGGCAUUGACAUCAAGGUCUAUCUGGGAGCACAGCUACAACGCAUGGAGAUGGAGAACCCCAACUAUGCCCUGACAAGUCGUUUCCGUCAGAUCGAGGUCCUGACCACUGUGGCGAACGAGUUCUUCCAUCUCUACUCCCAGGUCUCCGGCCAGUCCGUCCAGAAGAUCUGCAGCCUGGAUGGGGAACCCCUCACCAUUGUCCCUCCUUCUCCUCUGAAGAGGAACAACUCAGCCCUGAACGCAGCCAAGAUCCUGAAGAAGACAAUCACUAAACACAACCUGCUGGGUGGGUUGGGGGAGGGGGGCUCUCCUAAAAUCACAGCCCUGUCUACUACAGAGAAACUGGAAGACCAUGUGAAUCCAGGUACAGGGGACAGCGCCGUCAUAACUGACUCCGACCACAAGGGUGAGCUCAAGCAGAAGGCCUUUAGGAAGAAGGACUCUCCAUCUCUGGCCACGGUGACUGAGGAGAGCCAAUCUGGAGGCAGCACUGAGGCCCCCCUGAGCGUCAACGGAGACCACCCUGGAGUGAAUGGAGACCACCCUGGAGUGAAUGGAGAUGGCCAAGCAUUGACCCAGGAGGGUGAGUUGAGCCUGUCCAACGAGGCCGACUUGGAGAAGGAGCACCAGGACAUCCAACUGAAGGGACAGCGAGCAAUCACAUCAACGCCAGACAAGGAACCGAACUACAGCCUGCUGCCCAACCCUCACAUCGCCCACCUCCGCACACAGACCAAGGACUCCUUUGAGAUGGAAGAGGUUCAGAGUAAUGAGGAUGAGGCUGGGACACACAGCAGCUCUAGAGCUGGCAGAGAUCAACUACUAAGAACAGGCAGCCAGCAGUCAGACAGUAGUGGCUUUGCAGAGGACCCUUCUACUGACAGCUCAGCUAACUAUCUAAAGGUACAGGAGAGCUCUGACAGCUGUGACAGUGAGACCACAGUGACGUCCCACGCUGGGGAGAUGACCACUCCUCUAGCCCUGGAACACCCUGCCUUUGAGAGGCUGCAUGGGGAGGAUGAGCAGGAGGAGGAGGUGGCGCAGACGCCCUCCGUCCCACAGAAACACCUCAUGGAGGACGGGAGGAGGAGCAGUAGCCCUAAUGGAGCAGAGGAGCAACAGGAGGUGCCACAGUACACCACCCAUCAGUUACCUAAACAAGGAGACCGAGAGGUAGCCCAAGACCAGAAGCAUAGCACUGCUGAGGAAGCUGCUUCUGUUCCUGCCUCUGAGACUCCUCAGUCAACUCCUGAGACUUACCGUACUGCUGAGACUAACGUAGAGGCUGAUCCUGGUUCUACAGAAGACCAUGGCUCCGUCCCGGCCCCAGACUGCAGCUCCUCUGGUGCCCCAGCCAGGGAGGGUGUGCCUGACAGGGUGGAGAUGGAAGCCAGACCACCCAGCCCUAGCCCCAGCUGCCCUAGCCUAGGUGCCUCAGCCAGAGUCCAAGGGGCCCUUCACAGGGCCCAGCAGAGGGCCUCGUCCUCAGGCCUCCAGGGUCACCGGAUGGAGGGGAAGUUGACAGCCAGGGAUCUGUUCAGGAGAAGAGCCCCCCUGACGAGGUCCCGAUCCCUGCCUACCUCCCUCCUCAGCCCCUCCCGUGUGGUCUCCUCUGUCAGGAUCCAGUUUGGCCAGGGUACAGUCAGGCACUGCACCCAGCCAGCCUUCUCCUACCGAUACACCCCAGAAGAGGAGGAGGAGGAGGAGGAGGAGGAGGGGUCCAUUGUGGAAGAGGAGGAGGUUGUGGAGGAUGAGGGUCAGAAGAGAGACAGCUGUCGCUCUACCUUGAUUAUCAACAGAGGGACCGAGCUAUCACAUGGCCCCGGGCUACAAAGAGAUGGUGAGCUGAGAAAUCUUCAAGGCAGGGUGCCCCCUUACCCCCUGGCCAUCCCUCGCCACCUGACCCGCUCAACCAUCUCACUGCACAGCCACAGCCCCCCUCCUGAGUGGGGAGAGAGGCCUCUGGGGGAGCAUCACCGUGCCUGGAGCACCUGUAGCGUACCUAACCUCACCCAACGUAACCUGGCCCACUUCAAUAACCCUAACCUCACUCAGCACAGCAACCCUAACUCCAACCUAACACAGCACUACCUAGCCCAACACAAUAAACCUAUCCUUACUCAACACAACCUUGCUCAGCACAACACCCCUAACCCAGCCCAGUACAACCUGACUCUGCCCCAUGGCAGUGUCCCCAACCUGCUCCAGUAUCACCCCUCCACCCACCACCACCACACCCUCCAUAGCCUCCCUACCCAUCCAUACGGUAGUGUACCUAACCUUCCCCUGCACACAGCUCCCACCUUACCCCAUCAUAUGGCCCCUAACCGUCCUCCCUAUAGUGCUCCUUACACCAACAACAUGGGUAACACCCUUCCACACAACUUCCCACAUGGCACACACUUCCCCUAUUCCCCGUACAGCUCCUCCUGUAACACCCCGCCCCAUAGUGCCCCCUUCAGUUCAACUUACCAUAACUACAACGGUAACCCCUAUAGUGGGUCCUACGACGACCUACACAGCAACAAUCCUUAUACUGCUCAUAGUGCUUACUCGAACCCGUCACACACACCUUCCAACCUGCCUCCACAUCUCUCUACUGCCCCCUAUGGAGGACCAUACAGUACUCCAUACUUGGGCCACCACCCUCCAAUCCCCUACCCCCAUGACCCUAUGGCUACAGCCUCCCAUCUUCCCCCAGCCCUGUCUACCACUGAGAUGCAACUGAGAAGGGUCCUUCACGACAUCAGAGGAACUGUGCAGAACUUAGCUCAGAAUUCAUCAGAACGUGGAGCAGACACUCCCUCAGACGUGUUCAACCCACAGAGACCUGCCCAGCCACUGUUUGAGACUUCUCUCCAGGAGCUGCAGGCUAAGAGGAGGAGUCUAAAUGUGUUCCGGACCCAGAUGAUGGAUCUGGAACUGUCCCUGAUUAAACAACAGGCGUUAGUCUACCAGCACCUCAGUCACGACGAGAGGCGGGAGGCGGAGCAGCUGCAGGGUCUACGUUCUGAAGUGAGACAGGAGCUGCAGGAACUAGAGCUCCAGCUGGAGGAUCGGCUGCUGACCCUGAACGAACAGCUCCGCUCUGCCAGCCACCACAGCCUCUACCGCCACCGCAUGGGUAUGAUGAGAGGUCACAGCAUGGACAGCCUGUCUAACAGUUCUGCUCUGAGAGCUAUGGAGCCGAUGUCGGACCUGCUGAGGGAGCAGCUGUACCUGCAGACAGAGCUGGGCUACGAGGGCGGGGCAGAGGGCAGAGCUAGCAUGGCCCCCACCCCCAGCUCAGGCCGCUCCUCCAGGUCAGCUAGUCCAAUGAUGUCCUCUGGAUGUCACCCUGGCCCCUCCCACACCCCGGAGCUGUCCCUCCCAGGUCCCCAGAAGACAGGGAUGUACCGGGCUUCCGUCUCCCUCACCCCGGCACCCCCUCCACGGCCUGGUGCUGCCACAGGGGUCCCCCAGUCCUCAGACCAGGCACUGCCAGUGCAAGGUCCUGAAGACAGAGCCGGAGGAGAGGAGGUUGUUGGAGGAGGGAGAGUAGCUGUAGACCCCCACCUACUGGAGGAGAGUGGCAGAGAGAGAGGAGGAGGACUAGGAGGAGGAAGAGCAGACAACCCCCAUCUACAGCAGCUCAUCAAGGAGAUUAAAGAGAGUCUAGCUGAUGAGAUCCGACAGGAGAUAGUCAACGAGCUCCUAGCUGCCGUAUCUCCACGACGAUCACCUGUGUCGACCAGAGAAUAUCCCCUGUGAACAUGACGACAGUUGAACACUGAUGAGGCCUGGUGAAGUCUACCCAAACUGAACACUGGUGAAGCCAUGCACUGAACAGCCCAAAAACCCCUUAACACUGUUUCUACUAUUUCCAGAGAUAAUGGCAGAUACGUUAACACUGUGUUUCUACCAUAGAAAUCUAAUAAUAUUUUUAUGGUUUCUACUUCAGAGUGUGACGGUGGCUGGUGCCUUAACACCCGUAUGCCUGGUGACCUGGGAGACACAUUAUGCUGUAUAUUUGCUUUUAUAGUGAACUCUUCUGUCUUAACGGUCCUAUUUCAAACACAGAAUGCUACUUUGUGUUUAUUUAGCUGUAGACUGUAAUUAUCUGUUGUAAAAAAAAAAACAGGGGGGGAGGGGCAUGGGAACGUUAACCCAAAAUGAAAUAAUUUAGACAUGUAGAAAUGUGUUUAAGGUUAAUUCUAUGACUUUUUUCCAAUUCCACCCUGGUUGCCUGUGACGUUAUGUUACGUUAGGCCUAUGCUAUGAUCCUGACAUUGUGUAUGGGUUGUAUUUAAGCAUGUAGAUGUGGGUCAGAGUGCAUGUCUUGUUCUGAAGGUGAAAGGUGACCAAGGUUGAAGAGACUUAAGGCCUGGUAGAUGAUGAUAAUGGUUGUAUGGGAGUUUAGUGUCUGCUGUAAAUGACCAUGCCCUCUACUAAUGCAACCUCUAUGAGGAAUGAACUAGACCUGGGUUCAAAUACUAUUUGAAAUCUUUGAAAUACUUUAAGCGUUUGCUCUUGCCUGCCUGGAGUGUCAGAUGGGCAGGGUUUACUGUUUUGGGACUAUUCUAUUAGUUAAUUAAUUCAGGCAUGCUCAGAUAAAGUAUUUGAACCCAGGUCUGGAACUAACUAACUGUGCAAUACAUUUCACUGUCUCUGAACUUGAAAAUAUCAAUAGUAGAAACUACUGUUUUUGAAACACACCACUUGAAGAUAAGGGUAUGCAUUAUAUUAAUUCCACACUUUUGUCCUUGGUCGUGUUCAUUAGGGUAACAAUGGAAAACAUUUUAAAGCAUUUUUCAAUGGAAUGAAAGUGUUUCUUAUUGGACCAAUAAGUCCAGUUAGUCUCUCCCUGUUUCAGUCCAUUUUCCUCCGUUUGGUGGUUAAUGAAUCCGACCCAGAUGUACGCAUUUUUGUUAGAGAACUGUCUCACGUGAAAAACAAACAAAAAAACUUUCACAUUCCUAACUGUAUUUCUUAUCUUUAAACAGAUGUUAAAACCACUAAAUGUAUUUGUCCUGGUAUAUUUUCUUUAAAGGAAUGAGGAAAGAGAGAUAAGAGACAGACUGCUGUCUUGAACUGGAGAGUAGAAUGAACCGUCUAUCUCAUCUGAUAGACUCUGGUAGAACUAUCAAUAGAGCCUAUUGUUCACUCUCAUACUUAUGGACAGAAUCAUUGUGUAUUUAUAAGUAUAUUAUAUUUCAAAUGUGAGGAUUAUGACGUAUUUUCCUGCUGUAUUUGUAAUUAUCAGAUGAAACACAGACAUUUAUUUUACCACAGAUGUUUAAUUAUAUUGUAUUCCAAAAUGAUUUAUUGUUACUAACUGACUUAUUUUCAUAUGUGGCUACUUCCUACUAAUGGAGAGCAUAUUUUUAAUGGGAUUUUGGUGGUGUUUACCUUUGUCUUGGGAUGCAUGAGGGAUGAUCUCUAUAGCAAAUAAUAAAGAUGUAUUUAUUUUCAA